AUGCGCACAAAGCUCAUUGAGUUAAAGACUGUCGCUGGCUGGACCUACAAGCAAAUACACCAGGAAUAUCCGUCUAUUCCAAUUGGUACAAUCAAGACAACGGUUAACCGCGCAAACCAAAGGAUUAAGAAUGAGACAUCACCUCGGUCUGGGCGUCCCCGGAAGCUAGACGAGGACGAUAAAUCAAAGCUUCUAAAUACUAUUGAUACGAAUCCACGGGUUACCUAUAAUGACCUUCUCGCUACCGUUGAUAAUAAGGUUAAACGAACCUCUAUUUGGCGGCUUUUACACGAGGAAGGCCGUCGAAAGUGGCUUGUCCUUGAUCGACCUGGCUUAACCCCUGGUCACGCCGCCGCACGACUUGAAUGGGCACAGACAUACGAACACUUCACACCUGAAGAAUGGGCACGGGUCUUCUGGUCGGACGAAUGCUCUAUUGAGCGUGGAAUUGGCGAACGUCGUGAGUAUAUAUUUACUCCACGAAGUAAGCAGAUUCUCGCGCGAGAUAUAAGGCCUUCGUUAAUUAAAGGAAACCAGGUUAAACAGAUGUUUUGGGGUGCCUUUUCCGGAUCAACGCGACGCACUGGCCUUAUUCCUUUAUACGGAAACCCUACAUCAGCUCGUGGAGGCGUCGAUUCAACCGUUAUUCGAGACCUAUAUGCCCGCGUUCUACCUACAUUGAUUGAACACCGCGAUGGAAUCUUUCAACAGGAUAAUGCGUCAACGCAUACUGCCUAUAUCGUACGGGACCUCCUAUCAUCGAUGAGUUUCGAGUGUAUGAGAUGGCUAGCUAAAUCCCCUGAUCUAAACCCUAUUAAAAACCUUUGGGCGCUUCUAAAGGAUAAGAUCUAUAAGAUGUUCCCUGAGCUUAAAGAUAUGCCGAAUAAUAAUGCUACGCAUACCUAUUUAGUGGAUGCUGCGCAGCAAGCCUGGCAGGCCCUAGAUCUAGAUAUCAUGCAAAGACUCUCUGAGACAAUGCCUCACCGCGUACAGGCUAUUAUUGAGGCUGAUAGAUGGUAUACGAAAUAUUAA